CUGCAGUAGCGCUGCGCUGUUGCAUACGUGGUCUGUGAGUUUGUGUCAAUAGUGUUGAAUCGUGUCAAAUUGUGUGUUGAUUGGUGUCAAUUGUGUUAGCAGUUGAGAGGCUCGUAGUUGCGCCAGGUCGUAACUACGUGAAUUUUGUACUGUAUCGAUCUCCAUUGGACUUGGCAUUAUCUAAAGAAGCGUGAAUUUUGGGCGUACGAGCGAGAACAACGUUGCGUUAGCUGCGGUCUGCGCGCGGUUUACGAGUGUCCGCGACGACCCGCGACGACCCGCGACCCGCCCGAUGUGAUCUGCGAGCGCGACGACUCGAGAAGGCGAUUCCGAUGGACCGUUGCUGCCUGUUUGCUAUCACCGUCACCGACGAGCGGUGUGGCAGAGCGUGUUAAUUCGAAAUUCGGUCAUCAUCUGACGACUGAACAUCGUGGCGCUCAGCCUCCAGUCCGGUAGCUGUCAUCGAGUUGUCAUGCUCCCGCAUCUGGAAGUCGUACUGAUCUAGAAAAACAAGAGCAACGGUGGCAUUGUCAAUGAUGGCGAGCGCCACCGUCGUCGGCAGCAAUCCGGAGAAUGCCUCUAAGUUCCUGGAGGUCCUUCAGUCGGAUCUCAAAGUACUUGCUUCGGAGACCAAGAAGAAGUACCCUCAAAUCAAAGAGUCAUGUGAGGAAGGAAUCGCAAAAUUAAGAACAGCCUCAAAUAACCCAGGGACACCAAUAUACUAUAUUGUAAAUCAAAUACUUUAUCCUAUAGUUCAAGGUUGUGAGAGUAAGGACAUAAAAAUCAUCAAGUUUUGCCUAAGCAUGAUGCAAAGGUUAAUAACGCAACAAGCAGUAGAUCAGAAAGGUGCCCGAUAUAUUACAGAUGCUUUGUGGUUGUUAAUGGAAUCAGGUACAGAAGAAGUUAAAGUUUUGCAAACUGUAACAUUAUUACUUACAAGUAAUGCCGUGGUACAUGGAGAUACUCUGGCAAGAAAUUUGGUGCUUUGUUUUCGGUUACAUUUCACAAAAGAUUGUACAACGAUAAAUACAGCCGGUGCUACUGUAAGACAACUAGUGUCUUUGGUAUUUGAAAGAGUAAUUGCCGAAAAUGAGCAAAGUUCUGAUCAGCCAGAAUCUGAUGAAGUAAAUUUAGAGGAAUUGAAAAUUCCAACGAAUCAAGCGCCUAAAGGUCUUGGUCCUUGCGCUGCAGAUGCAUAUUUAAUGUUUCAGGAUCUAGUACAAUUGGUGAAUGCUGAUCAACCAUAUUGGCUAAUAGGCAUCACUGAAAUGACAAGAACUUUUGGUUUGGAAUUGCUAGAGUCGGUUUUAACAAAUUUUUCAUCAGUUUUCUUUAAACAUUUAGAAUUUAGCUUCUUAUUGAAGGAGAGAGUAUGUGCACUUGUGAUAAAAUUGUUUUCGCCUAACAUCAAGUAUCGUAAUUCAGUACCAGCGUCUUUGCAACAAGCUACACCUUUAGAUAAACCUUAUUUUCCUAUUAGUAUGAGGCUAUUGCGAGUUGUGUCGAUUUUAAUACAGAAAUACCAUUCUUUAUUGGUAACAGAAUGUGAAAUAUUUUUAUCCUUAAUUGUAAAGUUUCUGGAUCCUGACAAACCUACGUGGCAAAGAGCUUUAGCAUUGGAAGUUUUGCACAAAAUGACAGUUCAAGCAGAUUUGCUGACAAAUUUCUGCGAAUGUUACGAUUUGAAACCACAUGCUACAAAUAUUUUUCAAGAUAUUGUUAAUAGCUUAGGUGCAUAUGUACAUAGCCUUUUUGUAAAUCCACACAUGAUGAGUCAGACAGGUACAAAUAUAUUACAUUACGUCUUGAAUGAUUAUAAAAUUAAUGUGUUAUCUGUUGUACUUUUAAGGCCUGGCGUAUCGCCUCAACCCGGUUUUUAUUCACGCGGUAUUUGGUUACCAGUAGUAGCAACAUUUACAAGCGGACAAGCUAAGCCAACUUAUUUGGAAAUGUUGGACAAGGUCGAACCGCCACAAAUACCGAUCGGUUAUGGUAUCAGCAUAGCUUAUGCAUGUUUAUUAGACAUCAUAAGAUCGAUCGCAUUGGCUAUAAAUGGAUUAAAAGACGAUAAUAACGAAAAUCAGAUCUAUCAGCCGAGUGAAUCCGAACAAAAGCUUCAUGUACAAUUACUGAACUCUAGUUGGUGCGGUUUAUUGGCAGCUCUCAGCCCGUUAAUAGAUGCCAGCACGGACGAAUCGGCAACAGAAAAUGUUUUAAAAGCAAUUCAAACUUUCGCAUCUCUUUGCGGUCAAUUAGAUUUGCAAGCGCCACGCGAUGCUUUUAUUACUGCAAUAUGUAAAGCAUCUCUACCACCUAAUUAUGCCUUGACUGUACUGUAUAAUGCACCUCAAGGCAUACCAAUCGCGAGACAGCAAGAUUCCACUCAAUACAACUUGACAAUAGGCGAGCCUGAUUAUAGGCAACAAGUAGUAGCCGUUGGUACGCCACUACCAACGGCAUCUUUACCAAUUGGUGCUCAUCAAGGUCCCGUCAUGUUGACUGCGAAAAAUUUGCAAUGCAUGCGAGCAUUAUUAUCAUUAGCCCAUUGUCACGGUAGUAUACUUGGUAGCGCAUGGCAUUUGGUACUUACUACUCUUCAACAUCUUGUUUGGAUACUUGGUUUAAAACCUUCUACUGGCGGAUCAUUGAAAGCUGGAAGAACCGCAGCUGAUCCAAACGCCGUUUUAACAAACGCGGUUAUGGCAGAUCUACCUGUACUCAGCGCUAUGCUUAGUAGAUUAUUCGAGAGCAGUCAGCACCUUGAUGACGUUGCCUUGCAUCAUUUGAUAGACGCUCUGUGUAAACUGAGCCAUGAGGCUAUGGAACUGGCAUAUUCUAAUCGUGAACCUUCCCUAUUUGCGGUUGCUAAACUUCUAGAAACAGGCUUAGUAAACUUAUCCCGUGUGGAAGUGCUUUGGAGACCAUUAACAAAUCAUUUAUUGGAAGUAUGUCAGCAUCCGCAUAUUCGUAUGAGAGAAUGGGGCGUGGAAGCAAUUACGUAUCUUGUCAAAAUGGCUCUUCAGCAUAAAUACCCGCAACCGCUUCGCGAUAAUCAGAAGUUACAAACAUUACUGUUAGGACCAUUGUCCGAGUUAUCAUCCGUACGUCAUGGAGACGUUAGACAGCGACAGUUAGAAUGCGUUUUGCAAGUACUUCAUGGUGCUGGGGAGACAUUAUACCAUGGUUGGCCCUUAGUCCUCGGUAUUAUAGGAGCAGUUUCCGAUCAUCAUGGGGAAGCUUUAGUGCGUAUAGCUUUUCAAUGUUUACAGUUGGUUGUAACCGAUUUUUUACCGGUUAUGCCUUGGCGAUGUCUUCCACUAUGCGUCGAUACAGCCGCUAAAUUUGGAUCGCAGACACAAGAAUUAAAUAUUUCGCUCACAGCUGUCGGUCUAAUGUGGAAUAUAAGUGACUAUUUCUAUCAGAACCAAGAGAAAUUGUGUAUUUGCUUGCGUGGAGAUUCGUCAUCGGUAUUUCCCGAUUUUCCUGGUACGACAAACAUGCCAUCAUUUGAUAAACUCUGGAUGUGUCUCUAUGCAAGAUUAGGAGAUUUAUGCGUCGAUUCGCGACCCGCUGUACGCAAAUCAGCGAGUCAAACCCUAUUCUCAACUAUAUCUGCACACGGUAGCCUUCUGCAUCAACCUACGUGGCAAGCUGUGCUCUGGCAAGUAUUAUUUCCACUAUUAGAUAAAGUAAGAAGCUUAUCAAAUUCAGCUAGCAGCGAAAAAGUCGAUACCAGUGGAAACAUACUUAUUCAUCACAGUAGAAAUACAGCACAAAAGCAAUGGGCGGAAACGCAGGUUUUAACGUUAAGCGGUGUAGCUAGAGUAUUUAAUACGAAACGUCAACUGUUGCAAAUGUUAGGAGACUUUCCAAGAGCAUGGUCAUUGCUCCUCGAAUUUAUCGAAAAUUCUGCGCUUAGUAAAAACAAUGAGGUAUCAUUAGCGGCACUGAAAUCAUUUCAAGAGAUUCUCUUUCAACCGAAGGGAAGCGAUAACACUGAAGUGAUCCAGUCAAACGAUUCGGAAGGCUUAUGGACAGUGACGUGGCGCGUAUGGCUCAAUAUUGGAAUGGAGAGUACUGCACCACCACAAGAAGGUGACACUGAUCCUUACGUGCCAUCCCAGGCAUUCCUAACUGCGCUCAUGCAUAUAUUCCCAGGCGUUUUUCAGCACAUUAGAAACAAGUUUAUUGGUCCUGAUCUGCAAAAAUUAUGUAUUGUCCUGAAGAAUGCAGUGGCUGUUCCAGUACAUGGCGAAUCAACGCCGUACAUCUUGCCAUCAAUGCCCGAUGUAGUUCUCACUCAUUUACAAGACGAAGUGUUACAUUCUAUGGAGCUUCUGCAAAAAGAAGCGUUAAACGGUCCUGACAAUUUACGCACGAUGAUUGUACUGAUAUUUCUUCAGUUGCUAAGCUUCUCGAAGCUGGCGUGCGAAGCCCCAACAUAUGGUAAAAUACCCACAAAACACAUAUCUCAGGUAAGAGGUGUGUCCGCUGAUUGGAUCACGAUGAAUUACGUUCCAUUUGGCGAGAAAGCUCUGUCGAUGGUAGUGAAUUUAUACCAGAAGACUGCGCAUGAAAUGGCCGUAAUCGAUGGUCAAGUGUUGAAAUACAUUAUAGAAGCAUUACACGUACCUUUAGCCAUGAAAUACGCAUGCCCAUCCGCGACCACAUGGAAACUGGCCGUGACUAGUCUCUUAGCCGUCUUGCACACUGGACUGCCGCUUGCCAGAAAAUAUUCCGAGCAAUUUCAGAGCAUGUGGCUUGAGCUCGCGAGCACUCUGGACGAUUUCUUGUUUCCUAAAAGUGUACUGAAUGUAGAACGAGGAGUGGAAGAGAUUCAGGCUGAUGAGGCGGUAGAUUGUCAGGUUAUGGAGUUGUUGAGAGACGAAGUAUUACCGCAUUCUCAGCAUAUACCUCAUCAAUUUAUACUAAGAGUCGUUAUGUUAUUAAAUAAAGGUUCUAUACAUUCGGCCACUACAGCAAAUAUCGAAAAUGGAGCAGAAACAAAGUUACGGGAAGAAUUCGCGAAAACUUGCUUUGAGACUUUGUUGCAAUUUUCUCUGUUAGAUGGAUUGGACAAUGAUACGGAAAAUAGUCCUAAAAAGAGUUCGGAAAGUGACGAAGGUGGAAUUGCUGGACGUUUGGCAGUUACAGCUCUUCUGCAUAGAUUUCAAGAAGUUCUACGACGUUAUAUUGAGAGCGAGAGACGGAAUGGAAAGUGCCCCUUACCUAGGUACAGGUUGUCGGAAAUAUCAUUUGUUCUGAAAGCCGUUGCCACUCUCGUAAUAUCGCUCAAAAAAGCACCUCCCAAUAAAGUUGAAAGAUCAGUAUGGGAGCAGCUGAUUGGAUUAUAUCCAUGCUUAGUAGAAUGCACGAUUGCGACUACUUCUGGUCAAGUAUCUAGGUCCUUGCGAGAGGCUCUGUUACAAUAUCACGAUUUAUUACGGGCACCGAUUCAUAGUACGCCAACCCCUAAUGGCGUUUGACCAAUACAUUCUUUUCUUUUCACUACGGAUUUGCACUAAAAGUUGAAGUAUAGGAUGAAUAAUUUUUUUGUGUAACGUUCUGAUGCGUAUAAAAUAAAUGUGAGAGUAACGAUUUCCUGAUUAAUACAAGGUAUGUUCGGAGAGAUACUAUUAGCGCUAUUCGUGUCAUUCCAUCCUUGUUUUAUGUCUAAUAAACAAUGAAGGUAGAAUGAUACUGACAGCACUAAUAGCGUCUCUAAAUACAUUAUAUUUAUAGAAGGAUAAUAAGUUUGCCACAUAAUUAUGCUCUAUUGUAGAAAUAUCAUGUUAAAUCCUUUGUUAUUAGUGUGAUUUUAGUAGUCGCGUACAAUCUUUCUCUCUCUCUCUCUCUCUCUCUCUCCUCCCUCCCUCAUCUUUUCCUCUCUCUCCCUCCCU